GUUCGUGCCACCCUCCCGGCCGGCCGGCCUGCCUGCCGCGGCCACCUGUUCCUCUGCCGCACGAUGAAUGCCCUCUGCCUAACCCGUGGUCCUGAGACCCUCCCUGCCUCCCUUUGAAGCCGGGCACGACCGGACUGACCCAGGAGCCCAGGACCAUGCCAGGCACCGCCGGCUACCUGCUAGUCGCUGCCUCCUUCGCCUGCUUCUCCUGCGCCCAACUGAUGUCUCCUUCCGAUAGGCCUGCAGGAGUGGUGCCCUUUGAGGAAGUCUGGAGCCGGAGCUACUGCCGCUCCCGGGAGACCCUGGUGGACAUCUUGCAUGAGUACCCCCAUGAAUCUGAGCACAUUUUCAAGCCACCGUGUGUUCCCCUCUGGCGCUGCGCAGGCUGCUGCGGGGAUGAAAGCCUGGAAUGUAUGGCUGUGGAGAUGCGCAUGGUUGAGCUGCAGGUGCUGCGAGUGAGCCCCAUCCUGGGCACGACUCGGCAGGAAGUGAUGAAGUUUACGGAACACACACGGUGUGUCUGUAGGCCUCGGCGAAAACGCUUGAAAAGUGAGAGGAGCCACCGGAUCGGGGCCAAGAGGAGGCCCCGGGAGCCGAGCCCUCUGCUUUCCACCAUGCUCAGCUGCCAACUUCCUGGUGGGGACAGAGAUGAUGCUGAGGACAGUGACCAAGAGGAGGCGUUGAGCCCGGCCGAAACCAAGAUGAAGCUUCUGUCCAGAAGGCCGCUUUUCCCUUGAGGAGGCCUGGGCACAGCCGCCCGUGCCCUCUGCCUGGGACUGCCUGGGAAGCUAGCCUUGGAGACCUGCUGGAAAAAGGCUCACCCACCCAGCCCGGGCUGAUGAUGAUGAUUCUGAGAGGGCUGCUCUUUUCUUGGCGCUGAUGGGACUGGGGCCCCACACCACCCAUAGAGAGGUGUUAGAGGGAGUCUGCAGGCCGGUGGUUUCCUCUCAUCGGCUAAAGGCUAUUUACUUGCUGGGCAGUUCCCAAAUAUUCUAUGACAUAUAUUGGAACUCGUUCUCCUGAUGACCCAGGGAGGGGCUCAAUUUAUGCACUAAAGCCAUUCUUUUACAAAGCAUUCCUGUCCCCCCCCCCACUGCCAUCUCCUUGCCCUUUAUUUAUGACGCCUCAGUCUUAAUACACACUCACACCUAUGAAUGUAUCCAUGAGUGUGAAGAUCUUUCUUCAUAGUAAGAGUGAUAAACAGAUGUUAGCAUGAUCGUACCUGUAGUCUCCACACAUGUUAUGUUUUAAAUAACCUUAUUUGUAUCUCGCACUAUCCGGGAACUGUUGACAAUGCAAGUACAUUACAAUUACUUGAAGAGAA